AUGCCCACCAAUAGAGAAGUUGACUCGAGUAGUGCAGUUUCUAGUGACAGUGACGACGUUCCACUGUCCGACUAUGACAAGGUCUUGAGAGCUAUUACCCGGCUUAAGAACAAGAAAGAUGUGGGUGCGGAUGGCCUGCCGGCAGAGCUCUUCAAGCCCGUAGGUGAUGAGUUAAAGAACGGCAUGCAAAUACUUAUGAGCAAAAUAUGGUCGGAUGAAAGCAUGCCCAGUGACUGGCAUAUCAGCGUUCUCUGUCCAUUCGACAAGAAAGGUGACCCCAACUGCACCAACUACCUUCCCUUCGUUAUUAUGAUGUUCACAGAUGCCGCACAAGCAUCAAACUUGGAUGAUUUCGCCAACUCCAUGUACAUGGCACUCACCCAGUUGGGACUACUGGCAAAACUAGUGAAUAACUGGUGCAACACCAAGUUGUUGAUAGGAUUCUUUGCAGAAUUCACGGAAGAUCCACUAUUUCAAUCUCAUAACGCAGAGGAACGCCGGGAAUGGUCACCCUUCGUGAGCGUACUCUUCAGUCCGCAGUGUGAGCUACCGUUUCCAUAUGCCCCACCUUUUAAUUGGUGCACUAAGCCCAACUACUGGUAUGCUUAUUUCUACGAGCUGCUGGCAUCAGUGAUCAGCUGUUCAACGAAUUCUUCCUUCGAUAUGAUAAAUUCUUAUAUGCUACUUCAAUUAUCAUUAUAUUUUAAACUGAUUUGCGGACGUUUAGAGCGAAUGGGAGAGCUGGAAGGAGACGCCUCGAUGAAGGGUUUUAGUGAGGAGAAGUUUCGCAUUGAUUUUUGUGAAGUUACGCGAUUGGAUGCGCGCACAAAGCAGCUAACGCAAAAGUGCGAGCAGUUCGUCUCAUUUCCAUUUUUCAUUCAAAUGUUUUGUUCAGCCUUUGUACUUUGCUUUAGCGCCUAUCGUUUGCAGAAGUUACGAAUUUCGGAGAAUCCAUCACCAUUUGUAGCGUUCAUUCAGGUGUUGCUGAUUAUGGGUUUACAAAUUUUCAUACCUUGCUUUUACGGCAGUGAGCUCAUGAAAUAUUCCAGCGAGUUGAAUAAUGCUAUGUACAGCAGCGCAUGGUUUCAGUGCUCUCCAGGGAUGCGCAAAUAUUUGGUCAUCUACAUGGAAAUGCUGCAGCGUCCGGUGCGCGUCCGCGCUGCAAACUUAUUCGACAUCAACUUAGAUGUCUUUAAGAAGACUAUGGGAAACACCUACAGCUUGUUGGCUCUUUUGCUCAAUAUGAACAACUGA